AAAUAUCUUAUGCAAGGACUGCCAAUGUUACAACGAUGAACUGUCAUCACUCCAACGUGCCGUCCCUUCUUUCUUUUUACGAAAUACGUUCCCGAAGACGUGUUGAAAGUUCACCAACGUUCUAUUGAAAAAGGUGCAACAGAAUGUCGACCGCUACGAUCCGUACCCGUCGGUUCAUGACGAACCGUCUGCUAUGCCGUAAACAAAUGAUCUGCGACGUCCUUCACCCCGGACUGGCAUCGGUACCCAAGAAGGAAAUUCGCGACAAACUGGCCGCUAUGUAUAAGACCACCCCCGAUGUGGUGUUUGUGUUCGGUUUCCGUACCAAUUUUGGCGGUGGCAAAUCGACCGGUUUUGCACUGAUCUACGAUACGCUGGAUUACGCGAAAAAGUUCGAACCUAAGCACCGGCUAGGUCGUCAUGGACUGUUCGAGAAAAAGAAGAUGACCCGCAAACAGCGAAAGGAACGCAAGAACCGUAUGAAGAAGGUACGCGGUACGAAGAAGGCCAAGGUUGGACAGGCCGUUAAGAAGUAAACCGUGAGGGCGGGAUUCAUUCCAGCGAAUGAGAGGAAUAUACAUUAUGGUUUAAGACAAUAAA